CUGUCGCGGUACAAUAAAUUGCCGGACAAGGAUUCGCGAGACGAAGAAGAGAGUGAAGUGGAGUUCGAAGAUCCACCUGCAAACCCAUCUAGUGAAAGUGACUCCUCGUUGGCACCGAUAUCAAAUGAGUCCUUGUCAGCUGUGAAAACGAAUGAUUCCUCUUUGGCUGCGAUAUCAAAUGAUUCCUGGUUGGAUGCGAAACCAAACAUUCGGAAAGUUCGACCACCGCCCGUCAAGUUACGGAUGAUGGAGCCAGCUGCAAAUAAAAUUCGCGUGGACGUACUCUCAAGAGGCGAUUCGGUUCAAAACAAGGAAGACCAGGGAUGCCAUGAACCAAUCGUUACAGUAAAACAAAUGAAAAAGCCAGGAAUGAUUGUCAGUUUCCGAGUGGACACGAAGAAAUAUCCCGCACUUCCACCACUUGAUCUUCGUGUUUUCUGCCCAAACUAUAAGCCAAAACAAGUAUGGGUUAACGGAAAAGAAUGCACAUAUUGA